UUUGCCAUUUGUUUUGGUUCGCAUACUUCUUCUGGAGUUUGUGUAUAGGAAAAUGUGUUUUGGUUGAAUAACUUUCAUAUUAUUAAAUAGUUAGAGUAAAAUUUCUACGUAUCAAAAUGAAUCAAGCCGAAGUUGCCAAACUGAUGUCACAGCUGAAGAUUGCGAUUCGUCCCCGGCAUCGAAAUCUGAAGAAUCAGGAUGGACCGGAAGGCCGGCUCAAUAAGUUACGUAAAACAGUAACCGCACUAGUCAAACACGAACGCAUCGAGCUGAACUAUCAGCGGGCGGAUGAGGCCCGGGGCUACGCGGAACGUUUGAUUUCCGAUGCUAUUCGAUACGGGGACUGCCACAAGACGACCAUGGAAAUGGCCGACUUUUGGCUAGUGGAGAAGCAACUGGUGCACAAGCUAUUCAAAGUGUUGGCUCCACGCUACCAAAACUACACAGUAUCUGCUACGAGGAUGUACAAGGCGCCGAAGGAUUAUCCCGGUUGGUACAGAAAACGAGCGGUACUGGAACUGCGCGGGAAUCCUUAUCCUCCGUUGGUGCCGAAUUUAAGUAAUAACCGUAAUUUACUACAUAAUGUACUGCUGGACGAGGCGCAUAAAGAGUUUCGGAGAGAGAAGUAUGCAGAAAUUGCAGCUCAGAUUGUAGAAAAAGGUGAAGAAAAGGAGGCCGAACCGGCGAAAUGAUUUAGCCUGGCCAAUAAUUAUUAGCAUUUAUAGAAUUACAA